ACAAAAAACAACAAAGUGACUAAGUGAAGCUGGUCCAGGAAGUUUUAAUUCAUUUAGGACGCUAUCUAAAAACAGAAUACAGGAUAUUAUGAACAAGAAUAUAGUUCAUAUCUAAGAAGCUAUCCAGCAUGGAGGUGGAAACAGAUGUGUUAGCUGCAGUUUCAUCUACUGUAGAUAUACAGUCAAAUGAAUUAACAGAAUUUUCAUCUUCUGAAGAUUUGAAACCAGAUCUAUCAUCCAUAGUAUUAUCAUCUUCUGAAGACAUAAAAACAGAAUUAACAACAUUUUUUGAUUUCCAGGAUAUUAAACCUGACAUGACAUUUAAAACCCCUCAAGAUGUUAAACCUGAUGUUACACCAGAAUUUUCUUCUUCUGAUGACAUAAAACCAGAAUUAUCAUUUUUUAAUUCCCAGGAUAUAAAACCUAUCAAGUCAUUUAAUACUUCUCAAAAUUUUAAACCUGAUGUUACAACAGAAUGUUCUUCUUCUGAAGACAUAAAAGCAGAAUUCUCAACAUUGUUUCUUUCCCAGGAUAUUAAACCUGACAUUACAGACAAAACUUCUCAAGUUGUUAAACCUGAUAUUACAAUUUCAAUUGAAAAAAGUAAUAAGAAACCUGUUGCAACAGCAGUAUUUUCAACAUCAGAAAAUUUAAAACCAGAAUUUUCAACUCCUGAAAAUUUAAGACAAGAUUUCACAACAGGAUUUUUAUUUUUUGAGGAUAAGCAACUUGGACUUGAAGAAAAUCUACAAUUGUCUAGGGACGAAGGCAACAAGUUAGUUUAUUAUCAUCAAGAAUUUUCUAAAAGUUCUAAUAUUAAUAUGCAUAAAAAAGCUCAAUCAGGAGAUGAACAACAUGAAUGUGAUGUUUGCCAUAAAAGGUUUUCUCAACGUUUUAAUUUAAGAAGACAUAAAAAGAUUCAUUCAGGAGUAAAAGCAUAUGAAUGUGAUGUUUGUCAUAAAAACUUUGUGGAAAAGAGUAAUCUAUUACGACAUAAAAACGCUCAUUCAGGAGAUCAACCACAUGAAUGUGAUGUUUGUCAUAAAAGGUUUUCUCAAAGAUAUAAUUUAAUAACACAUAAAACGGUUCAUUCAGGAGAAAGGCCACAUGAAUGUGAUGUUUGUCAUAAAAAAUUCACAGAAAAGAAAAGUCUGAUACGACAUAAAAAAGUUCAUUCAGGAGAUAAACCACAUGAAUGUGAUGUUUGUCAUAUAAGGUUUUCUCAAAGUUAUAAUUUAAGUGCACAUGAAAAAAUUCAUUCAGGAGACAAGCCACAUGAAUGUGGUAUUUGUCAUAAAAGAUUUUCUCGAAGUCGUAGUCUAAGUGCGCAUGAAAAAAUUCAUUCAGGAGACAAGCCACAUGAAUGUGAUAUUUGUCACAAAAAGUUUACUCAGAAGAAUAAUUUAUUACGACAUAUAAGUGUUCACACAGGUUAUAAGCCAUAUGUAUGUGCUGUUUGCCCUAAAAGGUUUUCUCAAAGUUCUUAUUUAAGUAAACAUGAAAAAAUUCAUUCAGGAGACAAGCCACAUGAAUGUGGUAUUUGUCAUAAAAGAUUUUCUCGAAGUCUUAGUCUAAGUGCACAUGAAAAAAUUCAUUCAGGAGACAAGCCAUAUGAAUGUGAUGUUUGUCAUAAAAGAUUUUGUCAAAUAGCUAAUUUAAAUACUCAUAAAAAAAUCCAUUCUAGAAAUAAGCCAGAUGUAGGUAAAGAAAUGAGUUCUUCUAAGAUUACUCCAUCUAGUUAUAAUGAAAUCCAUCCUGACAUAAAACCAUUUUGA